CCUCUGUUUUAGAGUGAUCUCCAUCCAUAGUCUCUAUUCUCCACCUCACUUCAUUCUUCCCUUCCUUUUUUUUUUUUCUCUCUCUCUGAGUCUGAAAUGACCACCACCAUUAUCUUGAACUCGCUCCUUCCUCCUCCUCCUCAGACUCACUCACCCUCCGGGUUAACUCGUUACACGACGUCGUUCCCUCUCCGCUACUCAACUACCAUUUCUUGCAAUGUUCAAACGAAUAUAUCAUGGUGCAGUCAAGUAGGAGACAGGAGGUUGUUUGCAUUUGGCAGGUACAAAAGUGUUCAUUAUCAAAUGGAUGAGACUAAAGCUUUUGCAGUUCCUAGGAGGAAUGCAGUGGCCUUGAUUUUGUCAAGUUAUUUCUUCUCAGGAGUUGGUUUGCAUGAUGCUGCAUUUGCUCAACCAUCCAUUGGACUCAGAGAAUACAUAGAUACUUUUGAUGGUUAUUCAUUCAGGUACCCUCAGAACUGGAUUCCAGUCCGAGGUGCUGGGGCUGACAUAUUUUUCAGGGACCCUUAUGUUCUUGAUGAAAAUAUUUCUGUGGAGUUGUCCUCUCCCUCAUCCUCCAGGUACAAGAGUGUUGAAGACUUGGGUCCACCUCAAGAAGCUGGAGAGAAAGUACUUAAGCAGUACUUGACAGAGUUCAUGUCUACCAGGCUUGGCGUCAAGCGUGAAUCAAAUAUUCUAUCUACAUCUUCCAGAGUUGCUGAUGAUGGGAGAAUUUACUAUCAAGUUGAGGUAAACAUAAAGUCAUAUGCAAGCAACAAUGAACUGGCUGUUAUGCCUCAAGACCGUGUGGUUAGUUUGGAAUGGGACCGGCGCUACCUUUCAGUUCUUGGAGUUGAAAACAACCGGCUGUACGAAUUGAGACUGCAAACACCUGAAAAUGUAUUCUUGGAAGAGGAAAAUGAUCUUCGCCAAGUCAUGGAUUCCUUUAGGGUAAACAAGGUGGUUGGUUAACCGAUGAUACCUUUAAAAAUUUUUGUUCCCCCCAUGCAUUGUGCUGAGUUUGUAUUGAGCAGUAAUGAUAAAGAGGAGAAUAUCAAAACUCUUGGUAGGAAAAGCUUUCUUUCAUAUGAAUUUAAUUGAGUGGAAACUGAAGACAGAUUAACUCAACAUGACUAAUUUGGGUUUCUUCAAAUGUAACUGGGCUUGCGCAGGAACAAACUGUGAAAGGAGAGAUUGAUUCACCAGAUAAUGAUAAAUCUUGGUGCUCUGAAAGAGUAACUCAACAUGACCAAUUUCAUUUCCCUCCAAA